GACUUCGACAGAAGUCUUGACAGAUAUUUUCAAUCUCAAUGAGCCCUUCCUGGUUAAAUAAAGGUUUAAUGAUAAUAAAAAUAAUAAUAAUCAAUGCUUGGAGUUUGUCAGAUUUUGUGGGUUUUUGUUUGUCCACCCACCUCUUGAGGAUUGGCCACAAGUUCUCAAUGAGAUUAAGGUCUGGGGAGUUUCCUGGCCAUGGACCUAAAAUAUUGAUGUUUUGUUCCCCGAGCCACUUAGUUAUCACUUUUGCCUUAUGGCAAGGUACUCCAUCAUGCUGGAAAAGGCAUUGUUCGUCACCAAGUUGUUCCUGGAUGGUUGGGAGAAGUUGCUCUCGGAGGAUGUGUUGGUACCAUUCUUUAUUCAUGGCUGUGUUCUUAGGCAAAAUUCUGAGUGAGCCCACUCCCUUGGCUGAGAAGCAACCCCACACAUGAAUGGUCUCAGGAUGCUUUACUGUUGGCAUGAUACAGGACUGAUGGUAGCGCUCACCUUGUCUUCUCCGGACAAGCUUUUUUCCAGAUGCCCUAAACAAUCGGAAUGGAGAUUCAUCAGAGAAAAUGACUUUACCCCAAUCCUCAGCAGUCCAAUCCCUGUAUCUUUUGCAGAAUAUCAGUCUGUCCCUGAUGUUUUUCCAGGAGAGAAGUGGCUUCUUUGCUGCCCUUCUUGUCACCAGGCUAUCCUCCAAAGUCUUCACCUCACUGUGCGUGCAGAUGCACUCACACCUGCCUGCUGUCAUUCCUGAGCAAGCUCUGUACUGGUGUUGCCCCGAUCCCGCAGCUGAAUCAACUUUAGGAGAUGGUCCUGGCGCUUGCUGGACUUUCUUGGGCGCCCUGAAGCCAUCUUCACAACAAUUGAACCGCUCUCCUUGAAGUUCUUGAUUAUCCGAUAAAUGGUUGAUUUAGGUGCAAUCUUACUGGCAGCAAUAUCCUUGCCUGUGAAGCCCUUUUUGUGCAAAGCAAUGAUGACGGCACCUGUUUUCUCAAAGAACAAUGAUUCCAAGCACCACCCUCCUUUUGAAGCUUCCAGUCUGUUAUUCGAACGCAAUCAGCAUGACAGCGUGAUCUCCAGCCUUGUCCUCGUCAACACUCACACCUGUGUUAACGAGAGAAUCACUGACAUGAUGUCAGCUGGUCCUUUUGUGGCAGGGCUGAAAUGCAGUGGAAUAUUUUUUGGGGGGGUUUCAGUUCAUUUGCAUGGCAAAGAGGGACUUUGCAAUCAAUUGCAAUUCAUUUGAUCACUCUUCAUAACAUUCUGGAGUAUAUGCAAAUUGCCAUCAUACAAACUGAGGCAGCAGAUUUUGUGAAAAUUAAUAUUUGUGUCAUUCUCAAAACUUGUCAAAACUUGCCACGACUGCACACUCUUAAAAGAAAGUGCCAUCUAGAACCUAAAAGGGUUCUACCUGGAACCAAAAAUGGUUCUACUUGGAACCAAAAAGGAUUAUCCUAUGCCAUGGGGACAGUCGAAGAACCCUUUUGGAGACCUUUUUUCUAAGAGUGUACUUAAAACAUUACGAGUUUUAGUGCACCAAUAUAGCUUUUUUUGACUUCACGUCUUUGUGAUCUUCAUCGUUUUGGCAUUAGAUUAGGAAAUAAUGAUAUUGUUGUGAUAGAAGGAGAACAGCUAGCCAGAACAAGUAUAGGCCUACUUUCCCUUGGAGUGCCUUGAAUAAACAAUCAAUAUCAAUUUACACUAUUUAUACAAAAGUAUGUGGACACCCCUAUAAAUUAGUGGAUUCGGCUAUUUCAGCCACACCCGUUGCUGACAGUUGUAUAAAAUCUAGCACACAGCCAUGCAAUCUCCAUAAACAAACAUUGUCAGUAGAAUGGCCUUACUGAAGAUCUCAGUGACUUUCAACGUGGCACCUUCAUAGGAUUCCACCUUUCCAACAAAAUUCUGCCCUGCUAGAGCUGCCCCGGUCAACUGUAAGUGCUGUUAUUGUGAAGUGGAAAGGUCUAGGAGCAACAACGGCUCAGACGCGAAGUGGUAGGCCACACAAGCUCACAGAAUGGGACCGUCGAGUGCUGAAGCACAGAGCGUAUAAAAAUUGUCUGUCCUCAGUUGCAACACUCACUACCGAGUUCCAAACUGCCUCUGGAAGCAAUGUUAGCACAAUUACUGUUUGUCAGGAGCGUCAUGAAAUGGGUUUCCAUGGCUGAGCAGCCGCACACAAGCCUAAGAUCACCAUGCGCAAUACCAAGCGUCGGGUGGAAUGGUGUAAAGCUCGCCACCAUUGGACUCUCGAGCAGUGGAAACGCGUUCUCUGGAGGGAUGCUUCAACAUCUGGCAGUCCGACGGACGAAUCUGGGUUUGGCAGAUUCCAGGAAAACUACCUGCCCCAAUGCAUAGUGCCAACUGUAAAGUUUGGCAGAGAAGGAAAAAUAUCCUGGGGCUGUUAUUCAUGGUUUGGGAUAGGGCCCUUAGUUCCAGUGAAGGGAAAUCUUAACGCUACAGCAUACAGUGACAUUCUAGACGAUUCUGUGCUCCCAACUUUGUGGCAACAGUUUGGGGAAGGCCCCUACCUGUUUCAGCAUGCCAAUGCCCUCUUGCAUAAAGCGAAGUCCAUACAGAAAUGGUUUGUCGAGAUCGGUGUGGAAGACCUGGCUUGCACAAAGGCCUGACUUCAACCCUAUUGAACACCUUUGGGAUCAAUUGGAAUACCGACUGCAAGCCAGGCCUAAUCGCCAAACAUUAGUGCCCGACCUCACUAAUGCUCUUGUGGCUGAAUGGAAGCAAGUCCCCGUAGCAAUGUUCCAACAUCUAGUGGAAAGCCUUCCCAGAAGAGUAGAGGCUGUUAUAGCAGUAAAGGGGGUACCAACUCCAAAUUAAUGCCCAUGAUUUUGGAAUGAGAUGUUCGACAAGCAGGUGUCCACAUACUUUUGGUCAUGUCGUGUAUCUCUUGCAAACGCAACAGGAAUCAGGGACGUUUAGAGGGGUACGCAAAUGAAAAUGACAAUAAAAUGAACUAAACGGAAAACAUAUUCUCGGCCAAAAUGCAUAUGGUAAGAUAUGCAUUUCAAACUCUGCAUUUUCAAUUGAAGUUCCUUCCCAGGUGUGGACAUUUCCUGUUAUAUUGUUAACUUUCUAUCCCCCACCCCUUGUGUUAUGCUAAUGGUUUAGUCUCCAUAACUGUCCUCCAGGAAUACUGCAUACUUACUAUACUAUUAUUAUCGGAAGUCAAGUCAGGAAAGUUACACAAAUGAACAUAGAGAAAAUGUGGCAGAGCUACAGAAGAGAGCAGGUAAAUUCAAUAUAUAUUUUUGAUACAGCUUACUUAUGAGAGAGAUUUCUUCUAAAACAAAAAGGUUGCGGGUCCGUUUAAAAAAAUACAAUUGGUUAGUUAUUAUUAAAUUCUGAUGCUGAGUAUAUAUAUUUAUGGUAUAUCUGUUGAGGUGAGUUUGUGUGUCAUUUGACAGUUCAUGACAGGAGCAGGCAGCAGCUGUGUAAACAAUGGUUGUAGCCACCACCAGGAUUGAGUGUGUCACCGAUGGUAUAUCUGCACUGGAGCCGAGGACACAUUUCAGCUGCUCUUCUUUGAGUCUCUGCUAGUAGCAUCAAAAUCAUAAUGGUAUCAAAGCAUUGGGUUCCUGUAAAUCAGAAACAAUUUCAAUUUGGCAAAGAUAUAGUAGCCCACAUCACAGUAUUCAAAGUAGUAUGCACAAAAAUAUGCAAAUGAAUACGUAUUUGGACAAUCCAUGCUACAGAAGAAAGCCAUUUUAGUAUCUUUAAAUGGGCUGGAAUGACGCAUUGUUUACUGAGCUGUGAUGGAUUUUUGCACUGCCCUGCAGGGGUGGGGCUAUACGGCCUGUGAAUAUUAUCAUAUAAUAGGCUAAGCUUGUAAAGAUAUGUGGUGUUGUGAGGGUGGACAUAGUAGAACAGAAAGAGAGGCCUGCCCUGCAGCAUUGACUAUGCGCCCCCCCCUGGACUUGAAUAUUAAACUCCUGGCUGAUUUACAUUUUGCAUGCGUGUGAUUCGAGCUGCACAGGGGCUGCCUGCCUGCGCUCACAGCUCAUGUUUUAAUCAGUGUGUUUCUCUCCACAGCUCAUCUGUAUCACGAUAACCAUUGUCUCACUCCUAGCAUAUUCUGGCUGGGUCUCCCAAGUGUCUAUCUCGUUCUUAUACUGUCAAUAGUCACUCCCUCUUGUUUCUCUGAUCAUCCCACUCAUCUCACUGUCUCUUACCUCAUUUGGUCUGACUGAUGAUUUUCCUCUAAACCUUCUUUCUUUCCCGUAGGAUUCACUCAGGAAUGUGAGUUUAGUGCUGAGUUAUUGGACCUGUGUCUCUGAACACAUCUGACCUCCAGAUGUGCCAGUAGUUACCUCUGACUCACACCAUGGGAUCAGCAGUCCUUUCAGGAUUUAGCAUUAGACACCUGAAAAGAGUCACAGAGGCUCCCCCCACUGGCGGUGGCUGGGAUCACUUUACUGUUUUUUACUAGUGGAAGACACACAUUCUUACUGGUUUAACAAAAAUAGAUGGCUAACCAAACUACUGGAGAACACAUGCUUGAAGUUGCUAGGUGAGGUUUUGAUUGGCUGAGGUUUGAGAAGCAAGACCUCACAAAUCAGACCACAUGGAGGUCAAAGGGCGCCUCAUCACAUCCAUGGGUGUGGGGGCUCCAGAUCAGGACAGCAAGCUGCAAGCUGAACGCAUCUCCGCACUGCAGGAGAGAAAGCAACUCCUGGAGGACCUCCUCAGCAGCCGAGUGGGAGAGCUGAGACAAGUGUGUCUGCUGGAGGCGGAGCUGACCGGGAAGGUCCCACAUGCUUUCCCCCUGGAGACAGGAGAGAGAGCUCCCGUUGUACAGCGCAGGGCUGGCCUACCACAUAACAACACCAAGGGAGAGGAUGAGACAGGUCAGCGAAGGCAGAUGAAAACUAUCUUCAGUGGUGCUCUAUACAGGCACUCAGAGUCAGACAGGAAUGUCCCAAACAGCAAGAGAACCGUUCACCGGGGAUGCCACACAGAGGACACGGUGAUGUCAGAGAGCACUAGCUCCAUGUCAGAUUCAACAUCCCAUGACAAUGAGGAGUCCUCUCCCAGUGUGGCAGCAGACCACCGCUCCAUGUCCCAGCCCCGUCUGUCCCUGGGCAGCCCAGACCACCAGGUCUGUAGGAAACUGUCCCCAGUGGAGAUAUACUAUGAAAUGAGGACGCGCCGUAACUCUGUGACCAGCUCCAUCAGCCCAAGUCAUUCUCUACCAAGGAGUACAUCUAAUGUUGAAGGCAGAAGUGUUCCUGCUACCCCCCUCAUCGCCCGGACUGCCCCAAUCAGUGUUCAUGUCAGAUCGGAUGGCUCUGGUGGGAUUGCACUAAAGCAGUGGUCUGGCAGCCUGGAUGUACCUCAUAUGGUGCCCUUAACCCAGGAAGGCUCCUCCUCGGAGCGCAGAGGCUGCCCGUACAGCUCCCGUGCCCGGCGGAGCAAUAGUUCUGAGGCCUUGCUUGACCGCUCCAGUCUCCCCGAGGACCCAGGCCCCAGGAACGGGAUGCCCCCCAAAGGAGGGCCUUACAAAAGCUCUGAGACCCUCACUGAUGGCAAGCUGAGGCACAUACACCUGAGCAGUCCUGAGAGGCACUUGGACGGCUCUGUGGAGCAGGGCAACAUGCGGCUGUCCAUGGGUGGGAGAGGAGAAGCAGGGGGAGGGGGUUACAACGAGCUCCUAAUGGAUUACAUCUGGGGGAAGCAACAGAGGAUUCAAGUGCAACACCAGCUGUACCAAUCAACAGGUAGAAUCUGGCAGGACAUUUCCUCUCCUCGAUCGUCCACUGCUGCAGUGCCUCCUCAAGCCAACGGCUUCUCCCUAUCCCAGGUGCAUCUACCCAGUGCUGCACCACCCUACAGCCCCAUGGUGAUCCGUGGCUCCCAGGCUGAGCCUCACAGAGUCAAAGUCACGCGGACCAAGUCCUGUGGACCCUUCAUCCCCCUGCAGCAUGACACCAUCCUGCUCUCUGCCUAUGAGUCUCCCCACCCUGCCCCAAGCUCCACUACCUCCUCCAUUCCCAACCUGCACCCCUACCAGACUGAGCUGUCCGGACCCUCAUUCAAUCACAGGCCUCCCCAGUUCUCUCGCCCAACCCCUGAGGACUCAACGAGGAGUCUACAUAAAGCCCUGGCGCUGGAGGGUCUCAGAGACUGGUACCUGAGGAACGCCCUCGGCUACCCUACUACCACGUCAAAGGGGCAUGAUGCAGGGGUCUCCCGCCUCUCACACCCUCACCCUUUGGUGCACCAGGCUCAGUCUAUACAAGGUGAUCCACUCCAUAGGUCCCAGAUGUCUCAGUCAGCCAGCUUCCAUGGCCACCCACUGCAUGGAAGGUCAAUGGAGUUCUCACUCUAUCAAGAGCCCGUUCAUCCUCAGAUGCAAGACAUGACUCCGAAGGAGCCCAGCGCUGACCCUGGCACGUUGGUCUAAUGUAGCUGAAUCAGUUUUUAAACACAUACUUGCACACACUCACACGCACACGCACGCACACGCACACACACACACACACACACACACACACACACACACACACACACACACACACACACACACACACACACACACACACACACACACACAGAUCCAAACAAUGUAAAAGGAGCUGAUAUAAGGUGACCUCACAAGCUAAAAAAAACACAUUACAACCCAGCAGAAAAAGACUGUAAAGCCGUUCUGAAUGCCCUGUUAUUCUGUAGCUACCGUAUACUGUAUUGUAUUCUAUCGUUGGUCAGACCCAAGCCACAUGUAACAAACAUCCUCCUUGUUUAACCUAACAAAUCUCCCAAGAUAUAAUUUUUUACAGAAUAUAGUAUAUGUAUUCUAAAUUACUAUUUUGUAUCUUAUGAGAUAUAAAGAAUAGAUAUAGAAGAGUUCAUUUAUUGCUCAUUAGUCUUGUGAUUUACAAAAAUAUGUAAUGAACUCAAUUGAUCUAAAAAGUAUUUAGACACCAGUGAAUGUGUAAAUGUACAUGUUUGUAAAGAUGAAUAUAUUACAUCUGUCUUAUCUUUUAAUCUGUCCAUCCAACAUGCAUUGGCUUGCUAUUUCUCAUUUUUGUUAAAUGAAUGGGGACUUACAUUGCAAUAUCGUAGACUGAGGAACAGGAGCUGUGGCUCUGUGUUUAAAACAGAACCCUACCUUUAGUAAAAACAUGAGUUAUUUCUAAUAAUCUGCAAUGCUAACACAAAUCCUUUCAAAGCUAAGUCUUCAAUCAACAAAUGAAAGUAAUGCCUGUUGUUGCCAAAUUGAGUUGUUUCAUGCAAUCAAAUUUUUCUGCAUUUUCUGAGUCCAGCUGCUGAAAUGUCAUAAUAGUAACGUUCAGAUAAACACCUGAGGGCUUUUAGUGGUCUAGGACAGUCGUUUAAUGAACUUUCUAGUCAUUUCCAUUCAUUCAGUUGCGUAACAUGUUUUCCUUCAGAGCACUUUAUGAAUGUCAAAAGCCUUAACCCCUCAAAAGCAAGUAGAACAGUGGGAUGGGACAUUUCCCCCAAGAGAGAACACUUGAAAACCAGAAAAUGGUUGACAGGGUAUCAAGUUUGAGCAAAUAAGAAAAUGUUUGUGGCCCAAUUGGACAUUCAAGAUCAACAAAACCACAUAUUUGGAUCUGUAUGUAUCAUGAUAAUAAGAAAGAUUUGACAAUAAAUUCCUUUUAAAGGGGUCUAACAAGAACAGGGCUAGGGAUGGCACUGCUGAAUGAUGGCAUGAGCAGGCCUUAUGUCAGAACUGUGCUAGUAGGAGAUUCCAUUUCCAAUGUAUCAUGUUGUCAUACGCUACUCCUAGUGUUGGCACAAUGUUAUCAUAAUUAUAAAAAAUAUUUUAAGUCAUUAAUGCCACCACAAUUCAAGAAGGACCCUUUUAUAAGCUUCCCAUGAUACGCUACGUGACCAAAACUAUGUGGACACCUGCUAGUCGAACGUCUCAUUCCAAAAUCAUGGGCAUUAAUAUAUUAAUAGAUUUUGGAACAUUGCUACUGGGACUUUCUCCCGGUCAGCCACAAGUGCAUUAGUGAGGUCGGGCACUGAUGUUGGGCAAUUAGACCUGGCUCGCAGUCGGCGUUCCAAUUCAUCCAAAAGGUGAUCGAUGGGGUUGAGGUCAGGCCUCUGUGCAUACCAGUGAAGUUCUUCCAUUCCAAUCUCGACAAACCACUUCUGUAUGGACCUCGCUUUGUGCACGAGGGCAUUGGCAUGUUGAAACAGGAAAGGGCCUUCCCCAAACUGUUGCCACAAAAUUGGAUGCACAGAAUCGUCUAGAAUGACAUUGUAUGCUGUAGCGGCCCAAACUGUUGCCACAAAAUUGGAUGCACAGAAUCGUCUAGAAUGCCAUUGUAUGCUGUAGCGUUAACUGGAACUAAGGGGCCUAGCCCAAACCGUGAAAAACAGCCCCAGACCAUUAUUCCUCCUCCACCAAUUUUAGUUGGCACUAUGCAUUGGGGCAGGUAGCGUUCUCCUGGCAUCCUCUAAAACCCAGAUUUGUCUGUCGGACUGCCAGAUGGUGAAGCGUGAUUCAUCACUCCAGAGAACGCGUUUCCACUGCUCCAGAGUCCAAUGGUGGCGAGCUUUACAUCGCCCUAGCCGAAGCUUGGCAUUGCGCGUGGUGAUCUUAGGCUUGUAUGCGGCUGCUCAGCCAUGGAAACCCAUUUAAUGAAGCUCCAGACUAACACUUAUUGUGCUGACUUUGCUUCCAGAGGCAGUUUGGAACUCGGUAGUGAGUUUUGCAACCAAGAACAGACGAUGUUUAUGCGCUACGUGCUUUAGCACUCAGCGGUCCCGUUCUGUGAGCUUGUGUGGCCUACCACAUCGCUGCUGAGCUGUUGUUGCUCCUAGACGUUUCCACUUCACAAUAACAGCACUUACAGUUGACCGGGGCAGCUCUAGCAGGGCAGAAAUUUGAUUAACUGACUUGUUGGAAAGGUGGGAUCCUAUGACGGUGCCUCGUUAAAAGUCACUGAGCUCUUCAUUAAGGCCAUUCUACUGCCAAUGUUUGUCAAUGGAGAUUGCAUGACUGUGUGCUUGAUUUUAUACACCUGUCAGUAAUAGUUGUGGCUGAAAUAGCAGAAUCCGCUAAUUUGAAGGGGUGUCCACAUACUUUUGUAAUUAUAAUGUAUGUGCUUGUCUGUUCUUGUGUAUCAUAGGUUCAUGAUUAUACCAUUAUAAAAGUGCAUAAUUAACAAAAAUUAAUGGUAGGAAAGGAAUACCUCUGGAAUAAUAUUGAAAGUGUACGUGUAUUUCUUUAUUGAUCAAUACGAUGCAAACUGUCAUCUGAAAACAAAAAAGUAUGUACGUAGCUAAUAAUGAUCUUUCAUUUUAACUGAGGAUAAUAGACUCAUGAAUGCCAUGGCUUUUCAUCUAUUGGCAUGUUUUACAGCUGAAAAUAUUCCUUUUCUCUCAAGUACCUUUAGUGGAAUGUUAUAUGGUUUUAAGUGUUGCUGUUUUUCCAUUCAAUAGUUAGUGUGUGAAAUUCUUCCAGCUAGUCUAAACCUGAAACUGAUGACCAAACUGCUGUGCAUUGGGGGUCGUAAAUGUAUUUUUCAGGUGAUGUAACUUAUGUCUGUAAAACACAAAUUAAUAUACACUUAGCUCUAAGCAAAUUUAUCCAGAAUAUAUAUUGUAUAUUUAUGAACUUAUAAUAUUUUGUAUCUUUUUGUGAAAUACACUUCUGUCAUAAAGCCCAUACAAUUCUCAGCACCAACAAGAUAAGUGUGGUGUUAAUUGACAUUUACAAAUGUAUUCGUUUUCGAUUUUUGGAGUAAUGCCACAAAUGAGUUCUAUUGAUUGACUGGACUGAGUUGAGACAUAUUUUUUUUCAUCCCAUUACGCUAUGACCAUAUUUCAAAGGGGUGAGACAUACUGUACAUUUUCUGUGUGAGGAGGAUGGGGUGCAUUCAUUGAUCUUUUUUUAAUAAAGUGUAAUCAUGGUUAAUUAAA